UGGCGGAGGGAGAGGGGACACAAAACGUGAAAGCGCCUCCCUCUCUUCUCUAAUCAAAUUCAUUUUUUAUUUCUUCUUUUUCGUUAUUAUUAUUAUUAUUAUUAUUCUUUUUAUUUUUUGAAAUUGAGUUUUGGCCUUCUGUCCUUCUCUGUCCUUCUCUCUCUCUCUCUCUCUCUCUCGGAAGAGCUUUGCUUCGGCGGGAUAUGCCCAUGGCGGUGCCGUCGUUGUUGUAAACAAAAAUCCAAGUGUUUAAUCGCCGCCGCCGCUGCCGCCUAUACCGUCUCAGCAACUCCGACCGACGCCUCUAACUUCGAAUUUCUCUUUUCUAAUACUUGACGCUGUUUGGGGCUGGUGGUGGAAGAAAAGGUGGAGUUUGCUUUUGAGAUCUAAGACGUUGUGAGUGGAGAUCGUCGGUUCUUGGAAGUAGUUGAUGAAGCAGUGUCACUAGUUAUAUUGCGCUAUUCUCGGAUUCAAAUGUUUUGGGGAAUCUGCACAGUGGAAUGCUGUUGUUGCAAUUCCAAUUUCUAGGUUUUCUUCGCGUUCUGAUGCUUUUGUGGUUCUAAAUUCUUGGUUAUACAUGCCAUGACUACCAAACGGGCGUACAAGCUACAAGAAUUUGUGGCACAUUCUUCCGCUGUCAAUUGCCUGAAGAUUGGAAGGAAGUCAUCCCGUGUUCUUGUCACCGGAGGGGAAGACUUCAAAGUCAAUCUCUGGGCUAUUGGUAAACCCAAUGCCAUACUGAGUUUGACUGGCCAUACGAGCGGAAUAGAUUCUGUAAGCUUUGACUCAUCAGAAGUGUUGGUAGCUGCAGGGGCUGCUAGUGGCACAAUCAAGCUUUGGGAUUUGGAGGAGGCCAAAAUUGUUCGAACGCUUACUGGUCAUAGAUCCAAUUGCAUUUCUGUGGAUUUUCAUCCCUUCGGGGAAUUCUUUGCUUCUGGGUCUUUGGAUACAAAUCUUAAGAUAUGGGACAUCAGGAAGAAAGGGUGUAUCCACACAUACAAAGGUCACACUCGAGGAGUCAAUGCAAUCAGAUUUACACCAGAUGGCCGUUGGGUUGUAUCUGGUGGAGAAGACAACACAGUGAAGCUCUGGGAUUUAACUGCUGGAAAGUUGUUGCAUGAUUUUAAGUGCCACGAGGGUCAGGUUCAAUGUAUAGACUUUCACCCUCAUGAAUUUUUGCUAGCAACAGGUUCAGCAGAUAAAACAGUUAAAUUUUGGGACCUGGAAACCUUUGAGUUGAUUGGUUCCGCUGGACCUGAGACCAGUGGAGUCCGUUGUUUAACAUUUAAUCCUGAUGGGAGGACAUUGCUUUGCGGAUUGCAUGAAAGUUUGAAGGUUUUCUCAUGGGAACCAAUAAGAUGUCAUGACGGUGUGGAAGUUGGUUGGUCUAGGCUGUCUGAUCUUAGUGUUCAUGAGGGGAAACUUCUUGGUUGUUCGUACAAUCAGAGCUGUGUUGGAGUGUGGGUUGUAGAUAUUACGCGGACAGAGCCCUAUGCAGUUAACAAUGCUAACAGACUAAAUGGCCGAUCAGAACCUAAAUCCAGCAGUCAUCUACAAAAUGAGAACAAUACCAAGACUGGUUUUUGUGGAUUGUCGGUCUCACAAACUUCUGAUCCACUAUUAAAGGAGACCAAAACAUUGGGAAGGUUGUCAGUUUCUCAAAAUUCAGAUGUUGCCAAGGAUCCAAAAUCUUUGUCGUCCACAGGAAAUGGACCAAGUACUCCUCAAAAGAUCAAUUUAAAUGCUGGCUCAAAAACUAAUUUGGUUACCUCAGCAGCAGUACCUAGUGCAGUGGUGCCGAAGAGAAACUCUGUGAAGGCUACUUCAACAUUCAACAAUCCAAUCUUCAAUAAGUCAGAUGUGAUACCUGUAAUCGUACCCAGGACAAGUUCAAGGCAUGAGCAGGAUGAUUCUAGAAAGGAGUUUGAUGUUGCUGGAAGAGCAGGCCCCAUAUCAAGGACAAAUUCAAGGCAUGAGCAGGAUGAUUCUAGAAAGGAGUUUGAUGUUGCUGGAAGAGCAGUCACCGUAUCAAGGACAAAUUCAAGGCAUGAGCAGGAUGAUUCUAGAAAAGAAUUUGAUGUUGCUGGAAGAGUAAUGCCACUGUCCAGGACAAAUUCAAGGCACGAGCAGGAUGAUUCAAGAAAGGAAUGCGACAUUACUGGAAGAACAGUUCCAGCACCAUCGCUAUCGAAAACUACCGAUAACAGGAGGUUUCCCAAUAGUAGAGAUGAAGUUGAUAAUUCAACUAUCUCUGUGCUUUCUGAAUCCAGAGGUCUGAAGGCAAAUGACAUGAGCGCCAUUGCAGAUAAUAGGAAUUCCUUGCAUGGCAUUGGUUCAUUUCAAGGAGUAUCUGCUCCACAGAAGAUUGUGAAAGAAGAAAGAUAUAUUGGAUCUGGCAAGACUGAAACAGAAACAAAAGAUACAACAGCAAACUACAAGCACGAAGAUGAAUCAAGAGGCCAUAAAAUAAGCAGGGAUUCAUCUUUUCCUGAAGCUACAAAAGGAGGAAGAUUGCGUUCACAUGUAGAUUGGGAGAAAAGAGAGAGACCUAAUUUUAGCCGGCUAACAUAUAAUGCCUCCCCUGGAAGAGCAGCUGCACUGGAAAAUAUUCCAUUAAAUAACGGGAGAGGAUAUCGUCGAUCUCCUGAGAAAGAAACAGUAUCACCUGCAAGUGAUGAGGAUACCAUAGCAAAUGUUCUACAACAACACGAUCAAUUUGUCAACUCAAUGCAAUCUCGGUCGGCAAAAUUGCAAGCAGUCUAUAGACAUUGGGAAAGACAUGACAUUAAAGGAGCGGUUUCUGCAAUGGAGAAAAUGGCUGAUCAUGCAGUUGCUGCCGAUGUAAUUAGUAUUAUGACCAAUAGAAUUGAAGUUGUCACCCUGGACAUCUGCACUUGUAUUCUUCCAGUUCUCUCUGGCCUCCUUGAAAGUGACUUGGAUAGGUAUUUAGACAUUUCUAUGGAAAUGCUAGUGAAGCUGGUGAGGACGUUUGGUUCAGUGAUCUAUUCUACGUUGUCGGCAACAUCAUCUGUUGGUGUAAACAUUGAAGCAGAGCAAAGGUUGGAGCGAUGCAAUCUAUGCUUCAUCGAGCUCGAAAAAGUUAAGCGCUGCCUGCCAGCCCUUAUUAGAAAAAGGGGAUCAGUAGCAAAGUCAGCACAGGAGUUGAAUCUUGCACUUCAGGAAUUUCAAUGACAUUAAAAACGAAGUAAUCCGCUGCUGCUCUUCUCUGCUCUUUGCCAUGAAAAGAGAGAUCCCCCACACCCUUUCUUCUCUUCAUAUGCGAUGCAACAUAUCAUGAACAUGAAAUGGUGAUAUUCUUCUUUGACAAUCUUUCCCAUUUUCCCACUUCACUACUCACAAUGCUUUCUUCCUUCCCCUUACUAGAAAAGUAAGUACGUAAAACAAAAGUACAGCCACAGGUACUUUUAUUGACUGCUCUACUUUCGUUGACCCCUGCCUAAUUCUGCACAUACCCAAACAGGAGACCAAAACAAACAAAAAGAAAGGACAAAUUAAGGGCUAAUUUGUAGUAGAGGACUGUGUUUCGGUUUCGGUUUUGGAGAACCAUCAUCUUCAUGAGCCACCCGUUCUAUGUGGUGAAGGAGUUGAGUGAGUUACCUGACCCCCUAAAACUACCUUUGCUUUUUUUAACUUUUUCUUGGCUAACCCUUCCUAUUCCCUAAAUGUUGUGCACCACACACCAUCUUCUUCAUCUUAUUUUGACCACGUUGUUUCUGAAUAUUGUUAGUUAUGUUGUGGGUGUUGUUUAUAAUUAGUCCACUUAUUCUCUCGUCUUGCUCUUUUGUUCGAGGGAGGGAAGGCUUUUUCUUGUAAUACCACAUAUCCCCCUCUUUAUGUAAUCUUACUCACCAAUUCAUUAAAUUUAUAUGCCCUUUUUUCUUUUCUA